AGGAUGCAGCGGGCCGCGCUCUUCCGCGGCGGCGAUGCGCAGAUGGCCGCCGGGGACCUGGGCGAGCUGCUCGUCCCCUACAUGCCCACGAUCCGGGUGCCCAAGUCAGGGGACCGGGUCUACAAGACGGAGUGUGCCUUCUCCUACGACUCGCCCGAUUCAGAAGGAGGUCUCUAUGUGUGCAUGAACACGUUUCUGGGAUUUGGAAGGGAGCACAUCGAGAGGCAUUACCGGAAAACAGGACAGUGUGUCUACCUGCACCUGAAACGACACGUGGUAGAGAAGGUACCAGGAGCAUCUGGUGGAGCUUUACCAAAAAGGAGGAAUGCUAAGCUAUUUUUAGAUCUGGAGAUAAGCAGUGAUCUCAACAGUGAUGACUUUGAGUAUGAGGAUGAAGCAAAACUUAUUAUCUUUCCUGAUCACUAUGAAAUCUCAUUACCCAACAUAGAAGAGCUACCAGCAUUGGUGACGAUAGCUUGUGAUGCACUCCUCAGUGCAAAAUCACCCUACAGGAAGCAGGAAUCUGACUCCUGGGAAGAAGAGUUGCAGGCAUCUAAACAUGCUAAAACACUUGUACAGUUAGACAAUGGUGUUAGAAUUCCUCCCAGUGGGUGGAAGUGCUCCAAGUGUGACCUGCGGGAGAACCUGUGGCUGAACCUGACCGAUGGCUCUGUGCUCUGUGGGAAGUGGUUCUUCGAUGGCAGCGGGGGCAAUGGGCAUGCCAUGGAGCACUACAAGGAGACAGGUUAUCCCCUGGCAGUGAAGCUGGGAACCAUCACUCCUGAUGGAGCAGAUGUCUAUUCCUUUGAUGAAGAGGAGCCGGUUUUAGAUCCACACAUAGCAAAACAUUUGGCACACUUUGGAAUUGAUAUGCUGCAGAUGCAAGUGACAGAGAAUGGGCUAAGAGAUAAUGACAUAAAGCCAAGAGUCUCAGAAUGGGAAGUGAUUCAGGAAGCUGGCAUGAAGCUCAAGCCCAUGUAUGGCCCAGGAUACACUGGCAUGAAGAACCUGGGAAAUAGCUGCUACCUCAAUGCUGUCAUGCAAGCCAUUUUCAGCAUCCCAGAGUUCCAGCGAGCGUAUGUGGGAAACCUUCCACGAAUAUUUGACUACUCCCCUCUUGAUCCAACACAAGAUUUCAACACUCAGAUGGCUAAACUGGGACAUGGACUCCUUUCAGGCCAAUAUUCUAAGCCACCCAUGAAAGCUGAGCUCAUUGAGCAGGUGAUGAAAGAAGAACACAAGCCUCAACACAAUGGAAUAUCUCCUCGAAUGUUCAAGGCUUUUAUAAGUAAAGGCCACCCAGAAUUUUCAUCUAAUAGACAGCAAGACGCACAGGAAUUUUUCCUACAUCUUAUAAAUCUAGUAGAGAGGAACCCUGUGGGUUCAGAAAACCCCAGUGAUGUUUUCCGGUUCCUGGUGGAGGAGCGCACACAGUGCUGCCAGUCCAGGAAGGUGCGCUACACCGAGAGGGUGGACUACAUCAUGCAGUUACCUGUGGCCAUGGAGGCAGCAACAAACAAAGAUGAAUUAAUUGCCUAUGAAUUGAAGAGGAGAGAAGCAGAAGCUGCAAGGAGACCUCUGCCAGAGCUGGUCCGUGCCAAGAUCCCAUUUAGAGCAUGUCUGCAGGCCUUCUCUGAACCAAGCAACGUAGAGGAUUUCUGGAGCAGUGCCCUUCAAGCAAAAUCUGCAGGAGUUAAGACUUCCCGUUUUGCUUCCUUUCCUGAGUACUUAGUGGUGCAGAUAAAGAAAUUCACCUUUGGCCUUGACUGGAUACCCAAAAAGCUUGAUGUUUCUAUAGACAUGCCAGAUUUCCUGGAUAUCAGUCAUCUUCGGGCCAGGGGGCUCCAGCCAGGAGAAGAGGAACUCCCAGACAUUGCUCCUCCCAUUGUCAUUCCCGAUGACCCAAAAGAUCACAUGGCGAACCAUUUCGUGGAGUCCCUAGAUAUUGAUGAGUCUUCAGUUAUGCAGCUGGCAGAGAUGGGCUUUCCUUUGGAAGCGUGUCGGAAAGCUGUGUACUAUACAGGCAACCUGGGUGCUGAAGUUGCUUUCAACUGGAUCAUUGCACACAUGGAAGAACCAGACUUUGCUGAGCCACUGGUCACACCUGCAUUUGGAGAAGUUGCUUCCAGUGGGGCAGCUGCUUUAGGAGCUGUAGGGCUAGAUAACCAGCCUCCUGAAGAGAUGGUUGCAAUUAUCAUUUCCAUGGGAUUCCAAAGGAAUCUGGCGAUUCAGGCGCUGAAGGCAACAAACAAUAACUUGGAGCGUGCACUGGAGUGGAUCUUCAGCCACCCUGACCCUGAGGAGGAAAGUGACCCUGCCUUGGACACAGUGGAUAUGGAGAACAAUGCUAAUGCCAAUAUCCUUGCAGAGACAGGGUCUGAGGGACCCAGGAUCAAAGACGGCCCUGGAAGAUAUGAGCUGUUUGGGUUCAUCAGCCACAUGGGAACAUCCACGAUGAGUGGCCACUAUGUUUGUCACCUCAGAAAGGAAGGAAGAUGGGUGAUCUACAACGACCUUAGAGUCUGUGCCUCAGAACGACCUCCCAAAGACCUGGGCUACAUUUAUUUUUACCACAGGAUACCAAGUUAGGCCUCAAAUCUAUCACCUGGCCUUAAGAAGCCAUAAGCCUUUUUAACUUGCCCAAAAAAAAGCAUACAAUAAAAAUCUAAAACCAACAAAAGACCCCUUAACCCUUGGACUGCCAAAAAGCAAAGGAAAAGGUGGGAUGUUUAUAGUGUAUUUAAAAACAAUCAUUUGAUGCCGCCUUAAGUGUUAGAUGGAAGAUUUCUAUUAGGUGCUGUAUAGGACAUUGUUUUAAAUUUAUACACCUUACAGGCCAUGUGGAUUUCUGGUGGAGUUUGCAGCUAGUGUGUGGAGAAUAUGGAAGCUUCAGUGUUGAGCAAAAACAGUUCAGCCCAGCUCCUGCCUGUCCUGUCCAUGCAUCCUUUGAAGACCUCAAACAAGUAUUUGUGUCUUUAGUGACUGGGAGCCUGUGUUUUCAUCCAGAGUCCAGAUCAUGUAGAGAAAUCAUUUGAAGGGAGGGGGUUUGUGGCUGUUCUUCAAUGCAGAAUGUCUUCUUUCAGAGAUUAUUUUCAGUGCAGUGAGAAAAGCCAGUGAAGUUAUAGCUGUUGGAAUUCAGUGGUACAGUAUCUUGAUUUGACUUUUCCAGGCAUAAGCCUAACAGACUAAUGGAGACAGGAGCAAUCCCCUGUCAGUGCCCUCUACGUUUUUUGCCAAAGAAAAAUUUUAUUUUUGCAGGCAUAGGUUUCUUCAUCUUCACUUGAAUGUUCAUUUUGUAAGUUCUUCCAACAGUUCAGGAUUACAGAUGGCUAAAAGCAGAAGACUUUCUGACUAUGAAAUUAAAUGCACACCCUCAGGAAAGGCAAGGUUGUUAUUUAAAUUUUGUUUUCUUAUGAAGGAGGUAAAGAAGGGUCUAAUGUCCCAAUAUACUUAUGUCAGGGAAAUUUGUCUCUAGACCACUCAUUCCAUCUGGAAUCAACUCACUGACAAAGUACUCACAGUGCAAUCCUGCUUUCUGCUAAAGAUUGCUUAAAUAUUGACUUUCAUAUUUGAGUGGGGCAAAUUGCUUAGUAAGUUUGCUGAUUUAUUGAUUUACCCCUCUCUUCCUCCCUUAAAAAAACAAAACAACU